GUUCGCGGACCGCACAUCAGAUGACAACAACAAAACAAGCCUACUGACAGAGGGUGUUAGCCUUAGUUAGCUACUUGGGGUGGUGGAGUCUCUGUGUUACUUAACCCACCGCGCGUGAAGUUUAAUCACUUAGAAAUUCACAAGAAUAUACGCAACCCGUACCACUAGCUAUGUUUGUUAGUCGGUGCCUCGGUUAGUCAAGCUGACAUUAGCUAAGUGGCUCUCCAGGCUACCUCUAAGUAUGCCCAGCUUAAACGGGUUAGCCAGCUAGCUCUGGCGCUAGCUUGGUUAAGCUAGCCGCCUCGCCUUGGCGAAGACCAAAAAGAGAGAUGCGAGCAAAGUGAGGGGCCGUGGUGUAUGACUAAUGAACGAGAAAGGCAAGGUUGACGAACUCCGGGAGACUCACCAUGAAGCUGUAUGUGUUCCAGGUCAACAAUGGCAGCACACUGACAUUUGACACCGACCUUGCUGUCCAAACCGUACUGGAGCUUAAACAUGCCAUCCAAGCCAAAUAUAAGAUCGCAGUUCAGCAUCAGGUCCUCGUUGUCAACGGAGGGGAAUGUAUGGCUGCAGACAGACGGGUCUGCAGUUACAGUGCUGGCACUGAAACCAACCCCAUAUUCCUGUUCAACAAAGAGAUGAUCUUAUCCGACCGGGAUCCAACCAUCCCAAAAACCACCUUCUCCAUUGAGAGUGAGAUUCAGGUUAAGGUGGAAGAGUCGCUACUGAUGCCAGCUGUUUUUCACACCGUUGCCUCGCGAACACAACUUGCUCUGGAAAUGUUCGAAGUUGCCAAAAAGCUUUGCUCUUUCUGUGAACGUUUGGUCCACGAUGAGCAUCUCCAGCAUCAAGGCUGGGCAGCUAUCAUGGCUAAUCUGGAGGACUGCACCCUGUCUUAUCAGAAGUUACUCGUCAAGUUCAACACUGCGUACGCAAAUUACCAACAGGACUUGGAGGAAAUCAAGAUCAAACUUUCAAAGUUAGGGACUUCGGUUUCCGUGAUGGCCAGGAUCCCUCUGCUGGAGUGUCUGACGAGACACAGUUACAGAGAGAGCGUCGAGAAGUCCAGCUCGACCCCGGAGAAGGAUUCGGAUGAGACGGAGGAAGAAAAAUCCACCGACUCUGUGCUCUGCUCCCAGACGGCCUCCAAAUCGCCGUCGUCUGCUUCGGGGGCGGCCGCCCGUCAGCCUGGGUCAGGCGAGGAGACAGACGAGAUGACCGAGAGCGGCGGCUUGAGAGCUGCGCUUUUAGACGAUGACACUCCAGAACUCGCCUGCCAGUCUUCCUUCAACGUGACACUACUGGACUGGAUCAACGUGCAAGACAGACCUAACGACGUGGAGUCGGUUGUGAGGAAAUGCUUCGACUCCAUCAACAGGCUCGACUCUCGGAUCAUCCAGCCCUUCCUGGCAGAUUGUCGGGACACGAUCGCAAAGUUAGAUAAUCAGAACAUGAAAUCCAUCAAAGGGCUUGAAGACAGGUUGUAUGCUCUAGACCAAAUGAUUGCAAGCUGUAAGAAGUUGGUGAACGAGCAGAAAGAACUCGCUCAGGGUUUUUUGGCCAAUCAGAAGCGAGCUGAAAACCUGAAAGAUACGUCCGUUUUGCCUGACUUGUGUCUGAGUCACACCAACCAGCUGAUGAUUAUGCUGAACAACCACAGGAAGCUGCUAGAAAUUAAGAAGAAGUGCACCACUGCCAAACAGGAGCUAGCAAACAACCUUCAAGUCAGACUCAAAUGGUGCUGCUACGUGAUGCUUCACGCAGAUCAGGAUGGGGAGAAGCUCCAGGCUCUGCUCCGCCUUCUGACGGAGCUGAUAGAGAGGGUGAGGGUGGUGGACGCCCUCAGUACCGUGCCCCAGAUGUACUGCUUGGCGGUUGUGGAAGUUGUCAGGAGGAAAAUGUUUAUGCAACACUACAGAGAGUGGGCCAACGCACUCGUUAAGGACGGGAAACGAAUGUAUGAGGCAGAAAAGUUCAAAAGGGAAUCCUUUGGAAAGCUCUUCAGGAAGUCCUUCCUCCGAAAUCGAUUGUUUAGAGGACUUGAGUCUUGGCCUCCAACUUCAUUUUGUACGCGAAAACCCAGAAGGUUUGAUGAUGAACUUCCCGACAUCUCCGUUGAUGACCUGCAGUACUUGAAAUCCUGUUGUCCUGUUGAGGUGCAGCCUUUCCUAAUGAUUCCCGCCAUGUGUGACUUUGAGCCCUUAAAUCACCACGUAGAAACACUUCAUAAGCUGGUCCAAGCUGCACAGAGUGUGGACGAAAUGUCUCGAACUAUCACUGACCUACUGAGUGAACAAAGGGCAUCCUACAGUCAGAGCUCCCAAAGAUCAACGGCGCAAACUCCGACGUCCGAGAGCAAGCCUGGGAGCGCGACUCCGGCGCCCUCCAAAACGCCCCUCUCUCUUAGCCUUCAGGGACCCGGCUGCCAGCCCCUCCACGUACCCGUCCCGGCUCCUUUAGAGGACCUGUCCCCAGACAGCAUUGAUGCACAGACAUUUGACUUUGAAACCAUAGGCCAUCCCAACAUGGAUCCGGUGCUGCAGCAGGGCUCCCUGGACUUGGAUUCCCUCGCCGAGAGCCCCGAAUCCGACUUCAUGUCCGCCGUCAACGAGUUUGUGAUCGAGGAGAACCUGGCCUCCCCCAAUCCCAUCAGUGACCCCACUAGCCCCGAAAUGAUGGUGGAGUCGCUAUACUCCUCGGUCAUCAACGCCAUCGACAACAAGCGAAUGCAGGACACCACGACGCUGGAGAAGGAGAGCUCGAGGAUCGCUGACCUCAAAGAGGUUCUGGAGAAGUACCGGUGUGCUGCCGAAGAGUCCCACUCCGACCUAAGGAGCGUGAAGGAUGACCUCCAUUACCUGAGAGGUUUAGUCUUAAAAGAACAGCAGGAUUUCGGGCUGGCUCUGCGCGGCAUGAGCACAGAAGUGCGCAGCACCGUCGAAGCGAUCCUCCAGAGCCACAAAGCGGAGUUAAAAGAGCAGCACAAAGGGGAGCUUCUCGGCGUCCGGCAGGAGCUGGAGGAGCAGGUUCAGGCGCUGACCGAAGAAAACCAGGUCAACCGGAACAUCGUGAGAGACGUCCAACGCGCCAUGCUGGAGCUGGAGGGGCUCAUGGAGCGCAAGGAGAAGGAACUCACCCAGCUGGAGAAUGAGAGAGAGCGGUGGGUGGAAAGGGAGAGAAACCUGGCGGAAAAGAUCCAGAACCUCGAGCAGGUCAACUGUGAUCAGACGGAGGAAAUCAAGACGCUCGCGUCCUCAAAGGACUCUUUGACAGAUCAGCUGGAAAACCUGCAUUUCGAGAUCGAACGCAGUCAGCAGAAGAUCCGGCAGGAGCUGGAGGCUGUGUCUCAGGGCCAUCUGAAGGAGCUGGAGGAGAAACUGAAGCAGGAGCACAAAACGGAACUGGAUAGCCUGAAUAAGAGUAACGCGGAGGCGCUGGAGCGUCUGGCUGUCGAAAACGGUACAAAACUAACCGAGGCGGCCGAUCGCUACGCCAGCGCCAUCAGCGAGAAGGACGCUGAAAUGAAAGAAAUGGAGACUCGGCUCACGGAGCUCGCAGAACUGCGUUGUAGGCUGGAGGUAGAGCUGGCCCUCAAGGAGUCGGAGACGGAGGAGGUUAGGGUCUUGUUCGAAGAAGCCAAGACGCAGCAGGCGGAGGCUGUGAAGACCCAGGUGGAGGCGGAGACCGAAGUCCUUAGACAUGAGCUGACGGACCUGAAGAGGCAGCUUCAAGCUAAAAACGAGGAGUACGAGGUGGACCUGGCCGAGCUGAGGACUCUGAUGAGGAUAGAAAAGGACCACUGCAUCUCAGAGCUGGUGGACAGGCACGAGGAGGAGACCAUCAUGUUGCACGGCAAAAUCUCAGCCCUGCAACAGCACUCCCAGGACGUCGAGAGAAACCACGCGGAACAACAGGAGAGGCUUAGGGAGGAGUUGCAUCAGCAGCUCGCCGCUCUGAGGGAAGACAAAGACGAGCAGCUGAGGAGUCUCCAGGAACUGGAGCUGGAGCUGAGGACUGUUAUCAACAACUUGCAGGCAGAAAAUGACCUGCUCUCUAAAAACCUAGAGCGGGAACGACAUGCAGCUCAGGAGCAGGAAGCCUCCAAGGUUGUAGCGCCAGAUGUCUUUAAGGAGCUGGAGAAGCAGAAGGAGGAGAUGGAGAAGAGACUUUUAGAACAAAUCAGGCAACUGGAGAAGGAGCUUCUAAAGAAACAGUCUUCUCAAAGCGGUGGAGGGCUGUCGCCGCCUGCUGAGGGCCGUGCAGAUGCUGCAGCACCUUUGUCCCUGGACUCAGCCUUACAGGAGCGCCUGCAGCAGGAGAGGGCGUCUCUGCAGGCCCAGAUUGAGCUUUUGGAGACGAAGAAAAACGAAGAGAUGCAGAACCUCAAAACAUCACUGAUCGCAGAGCAGCAGACAAACUUCAACACCGUUCUAACAAGAGAAAAGUUGAAGAAGGAGCAGAUUAUCAACGACCUCACAGAGAAGCUACGAGAAGUUACCCAGCAGCAGGAAAAGGACAAAGCCCUGAUAGAGACUCUCUCUGAGGACCGAGCAAGUGUGAUGCAGGAGAAAAAACAAUUGGAGGAAGAGCUGAACCGGCUGCGCAGCUCUGCGCUGGUCUCUUCAGCCUUCUUCCCCUCCAACUCGGCUCAAGAUCUCUCAGAGGCUGGAGCAGCAGCGAGGGCGCUGCCUGUUGCAGGGGCUUGUUCUCCUGAGACCCCGGCUGAAUCCGACCGGCUAGCCUCCGUAGCGGCCUUCAGAGACGACGAACACGUCGAGUCAGCAGUGGAAGCCAGCUUGGUGGCUGCUGAUGACUCGAUGAUGUCGGAAGAGAAACAGCGGAUAAUGUUACUCGAGAGGACUUUGCACAUGAAGGAAGAAGAAAACAAGCGCCUCAGCCAGCGACUGAUGUCUCAAAGCAUGUCCUCUGUGUCAUCGAGGCAUUCAGACAAAAUCGCCAUCAGAGAUUUUCAGGUCGGCGAUUUGGUUCUAAUCAUCCUGGAUGAAAGGCAUGACAACUACGUGCUGUUCACAGUUGGUCCCACCCUCUACUUUCUGCACUCAGAGUCUCUCGCUGCACUGGACCUUAAACCAGCCUCAGGGACCUCAAGACGGCCAUGGGUGCUUGGAAAAGUGAUGGAGAAGGAAUAUUGCCAGGCAAAGAAGGCCCAGAACAGGUUCAAGGUUCCUUUAGGAACCAAGUUCUACCGAGUGAAAGCUGUUCCAUGGAACAGAAAAGUCUAAUAGCCAAGUAAUGAGCUAAAAUGUAUAUUUAUUUUAAGUUUUGAACAGAAACAUCUUAAUUGAUAACUUUAACAUCAGAAGACGAAUUGAGGAUCGCCUUGCAACAUACAUUUCUCUGUGUGUUUCAGUUCAGAAUCCUGUAUGUUAUCAUAUUUUCCUUAUUUUAAAUCCAGAUUUUUAUUUUAUUGUGGACCAAAUGCUAUUAACCUAAUUAGGGCGCUGCCCUAAACACUGUGGCAUUAUGCCCUCUGACUUGUGUGUGAAAAAUGAACAAAAUUUGGAUGUUAAAUAUUAGUUCUCAUUGUCAGCAUUUGUCCUCUUGUGGAAAAUACUGUCAUUAUCAACACAAUUAAAUAAAAGAUAUACAUUUAUAAUUAAUGUUAAUGGAGGAAUGUUCAUGGCAUGCAUAUUGAAAUAUUUUUCUUUGAUUUACCUAACAGAUAAAUGUUGUAGUUGGAAAUGUAGUUAAUGCUGUAUGUUACUCACAGUCAGUAUGGCUCUCUGUCAGCACUGACAUGUACAUUAUGACUGCGCGACUGACUGAAGGAAGCAGUCCUCUUUGCAAUCCUCGAAAAUGCACUUUGAAAAACAAUGCUUUUGUUAAUUUGAAAAGGGAAGUUAAUUGAGCUGUCAGAACUAAGUAAAUAUAUCAGCACAAACUUCUCAUUAUCAUAGAAUAUGAAUAUGUAGAAAGGAAAACAUUGUGACCAUGUUUCAUUAUCGGGAGACAUUGUAUAUGACCCAUAAAAAUCACAUGUAACAAUAACUGACUGUAUUGUAAAGGAUAGAGUUUUGAAACAAUAAAGGAUUGAUCCCCAAUUAAA